UCAACCAAGCACCAUUCGGCAAGAAGAAUCACUUCCUCGGUUUUCAAUAUUCUAAAGAGCCAUCUGAUAACCCAGGCGAGAUGGCCUACUUCAACCUCGGCCACCAUCGGCGGGCAGUGACCACCACGUCCAAAGAGGCCCAGCUGUGGUUCGACCGAGGAUUGGUCUGGGCGUAUUCCUUCAAUGUUGGUGAAGCAGGGAAAUGCUUCGAGCGAGCCGCCCAACAUGACCCAAACUGUGCAAUGGCAUUCUGGGGCAUUGCCUAUGCGACCGGGCCAAACUACAACAAGGCGUGGAAAUUCUUCGACGGGCAAGACCUUCGCCUGUCUAUCGAGAGAGCAGAUGCAGCAUUAGCCCGUGCCCUGGAAUUAGCUCCUCAAGCCACGCCCGUCGAAGAAGCAUUGAUUAAGGCUAUUGCUGCCCGCUUUCCACCAAAGGAUGAUAUUUCGACUACCGAUUUCAGCGCUCUCGAUCGUGCAUAUGCGGAUGCGAUGCGUCCUGUCUAUCGCCAAUUCGGCAGUGACCCGGACAUCGCUGCCCUCUUUGCCGAUGCACUCAUGUGCAUGACACCGCGUGGUCUCUGGGAUCUCGAUACCGGUAAACCCACCGGGGAUCACACAAUCGAGGCCCGGAAGGUGAUCGAAUCCGGGAUGGAGCAACCCCAGGGCCGCCAUCACCCAGCGCUCUGUCAUCUAUACAUCCAUGCGAUGGAGAUGUCCCCCUAUCCCGAGUUGGCACUCCCAGCUGCCGACCGGCUGCGUCACCUGGUUCCCGAUGGUUCGCACAUGCUGCACAUGCCCACCCAUAUCGAUGCCGCUGUUGGAGACUAUCGCCGGUCAAUCGACUCGAACCACGAAGCUAUCGUUGCGGAUGACAAAUACUUCGCAUCUGGCAGCGCCUCACUUGUUCCUGGCGGGUCGCUCGCAUACACCGUGUAUCGCAUGCACUACAUCUGCGCCAAGCUCUACGCAGCGAUGAUGUGUGGCCGCUUUACGGACGCCAUGUCCGCUGCCGAGAAAUUGGAAGAAGUGAUCGACGCGAAGCUUCUCUCGAUCCAAAGCCCACCGAUGGCCGAUAGCGUGGAAAGCUUUCUAGCCAGUAAAGCACACGUGCUCAUCCGCUUCGGUCGCUGGGAAGAGAUCCUGCGUCUUGAGCUCCCGACCGACCGCGCGCUCUACUGCGCCACUACUGCCACCGUGCUUUAUGCCCGCGGGCUGGCGUUCAGUGCCCUCGGCCGUAUACCAGAGGCGGAAGUGGCUCGGAAGGAGUUUGAAGCUGCUCGCCUGGUGGUCCCUGAAUCCCGGCUUAAUAGCAUUCCUUGCAAGCAGGUCGAUGUCUUGGGGGUUGCUUCGACUAUGCUGGAGGGUGAGUUGGAGUAUCGCAAGGGGAACUAUGAUAUUGCCUUUGCAUCCCUGCGCGAAGCAAUUCGGCGCGAGGACGCGUUGCCGUACUCCGAUCCGCCACCCUGGAUGCAGCCCGUGCGCCAUGCGUUAGGUGGCCUGCUGCUUGAGCAAGGGCGUGUUGAAGAGGCGGAGAUUCUGUUCCGGGAGGACCUUGGGUUUGCGAAAGACUUUCCGCGUCGUCGCGCGAAGCUUAAUAAUGUGUGGGGCUUGCAUGGAUUGUAUGAGUGCUUUACGCGCCUUGGUAAAUUCGAUGAGGCCCUGUUCAUUAAGUCGGCGCACGAUAUUGCGGUCGCUACCGCUGAUGUUCCUAUUACUGUUUCGUGUUAUUGUCGCGUGUCCGCAGUGGGCAAAUCGCACUGCUGUAACUAGUUCUCCAUUCGUCGUGCUAGGUGUUGGAUUCGAGUAGAUGUGUAUCUUGGCUUUUUUUGUUUGCUUUGACAUUGAUGUCCUACAUCUUAGCCUCGGACAGACCUGUCACUCUAGUUGGGUUGCGGAAGGUGGAGAUUUUAAUCGAAAGAGUCACUAUUAC